GAGAGUCACCAACAAACUCGUCCGUCGGAACGAAACUCUCACCUGUUUUGUUAGAUAAGUGGGGUUUCGGUUGCUAUACUGGUUGGCGAUUGUGGUUAAUAAUUCAACCCGCGACUCUUACCGCUGGUGUAAAAUCGAAAGCAACCGGUGUGACGUAGUGGCUGGGUGAAUCCUUUCAACUCGUGCGUUGGGCUCCGUUAUCCGUUUGGAUCGAAGCCGCCUGUGCGCAAGCUUACGGUUUGCUUACGACGUAGCACCAACAGACCAACCAACGUAGUAGCCCGUACCAUUUUCCCAAGCGACAGCCACUUGCGGCAACAAUGCAAUUCCAUAAGUAUUUUUUCACCCCGAGACUGAUAAAGCAGUACGAUGGAUCGAAGAUAUCCUACGAACCGGGCGCGCUGGAAAAGUAUGGAGACCAGCUGCUGACGGCGCUCAACUUGAUGUGGAGUUUCAGCUACUACACGUCGCCGAUUCUCGUUUCGAUCCUCUACCGACGGGGCUACUUUGUGGCCGAAUCGGUCGGAACGUUUGCGAAGGUAACCACGGGGAUUGGCCUCCUGGUGGCCGUUUCCUUGUGCAUGCGCGGUCUCGGGCGCUCGAUGAACGUGGCGUACGUUCGGUUUGCCGAAACGCUGGAAAACGCCAAACGCAGCAGUGCACGCAACGGAGACGCGAAGAAGGCCCUGAGGCAAUACGAUUUCGAUUUCAGCCACUGGCCAGUUGAUUACGUUACCAGGUUGGUAGUGCCGGACCGCAAAACUAUUGCUAAGCCUAGCAUCUCGGCUUCAUCCCCGCACCGACAUCCCGAUCCGAUUCCGUGUCAUGUCGCGGCCUACAUCGCUGUCCAUACGUUCGGCAUUCGGAUGAUCUAUCCCGGCUCGGUGCGACUUCUGCAGAGCUACAUGGAACCGAUGAUCGUCGAAGGCCGCACUAAGCUGGUCAAAACGUUUAAUGGGGAACGGAACAAGCUGAGAACAACCGACGGUAACGAGAUCGAUACCAUUUUCGUCGAUUAUCGGCAUAGAACAAACCAAAAUGCCAACGGUGCGACCCUGGUGAUAUGUUCCGAGGGGAAUGCCAGCUUUUACGAGAUCGGUAUUAUGUCGACACCGCUGGAAUUAAAGUACUCGGUGCUGGGCUGGAACCAUCCCGGCUUCGCUGGGAGUAGCGGUCGACCAUAUCCAGAUCAGGAUCAGAAUGCAAUCGACGCCGUGCUUCAGUUCGCCAUCGGCGAGCUGGGCUUUAAACCCGAGAACAUCAUCCUGUACGGUUGGAGCAUUGGCGGUUACUCGACCCUUUACGGCGCGUCACUCUUCCCGGAGGUGAAAGGAGUGAUCCUCGAUGCGACGUUCGAUGAUGUACUGGAGCUCGCCUUGCCCCGUAUGCCGGAAAGUAUUUCUAACAUCGUACGAAUUGCUAUCCGAGAGUUCGUGAAUCUAAACAACAGGGACCUGAUCACGGAGUACCCCGGGCCGGUACUGUUUAUUCGCCGCACGGAAGAUGAAAUCAUUUGCUCAGAAGAGAACAACCUUGCCACCAAUCGGGGCAACUUUCUGCUCAUCAACAUGCUACAGUUCCGCUUCCCGUACAUCUUCAAGUCGGAACAGUUGCCGUAUGCCAAGGAACUGCUGUCGAAACCGAUAGACUUGAUGAUCAAUGAUACGGACCUCACUGGCCGCUUGAUGGACUAUGUGGGCCAAAACACUCCGGAUGGUAUCUUGAGAUACCCGCUCCAAAUCGGUAAUGAAGCCGAUUUCUCAAGCGAUUCGCGCCGUGCUUGGGUGAAGUUUCUGAUAACGAAACAUCUAUCGGAUUUCAAGUCGACCCACUGCACCCCGCUACCGAAGGAAUUCUUCCAAAGCCCGUGGGAACUUCCGAGUGAGCUUGACUACUACGUCGUAUCGCACGACAAAACGCGUCGUUGGCCCCGUUGAAAUGGGUGCGGUGUGAAAGGCAUGGAGAGGCGUAAAUAAGACAUGGGAACUGACUUGAUGCGGAUGUGGAAAGGUACAGAUAUUUAUAGACUAAAAGGCGCGUGUUGGGGAAGCAAAUUAAGCACUCUGUCACAUUGUCCUGUGGGAUGCGGGGAACAACUGGAGAACAACUAACCCUCCGGUGAAGGGAUUUUCCGAGUAUGAGGAAUAUUUUCCAGCUAUCGCUUGAAUGUUGAAGAGAUCAUUGAAACAACAAAAAUCUAUUUUACCCAAAGGGUUUAUCCUGACCAUCGUUACCCGAUGAUAACAACAAAUAAAAUCUCUCAUGGUAAACUAUAUUUAUUCAUUACU